AUGGCAGCGCGCAACGUGCUCGCGGUUUUUGUGGCCAAGAAGCAGCUCGGGGUGGCGUGGUACUCGUGGCGCGACGACCGGGUGAGCGUGGGCAGCCGGUACGUGGGCGAUGCUUCCGAGUGCGGGGCGGUGCUGGGCAUGGUGGUGCGGCAGAGUGACCCAGACGUGGUGCUUAGCUGCGCACAGGGCCUUCCGGGCGAGGUGACGCUCUCGGCGGUGCUGGCCGAGGUGUACGGGACGCCCCGGGCGGCGCUGAUGGAGGGCGACGAGGGCGGGGUCAGGGCGCCUGCGGCGACCUUGGUCCGGGCUGGCGAGUUUGGCUACGAUGCGGCGUUGCAUCGGGUCUCGCUGGUAGAAGUUCGCGGUGAGGGCGCGGUGGUGGUGGAGACGGACAAGGUGGCGCAGAUGCGGGCGCUUGGCGGGCUGCUUGGGCACCUGCUCAAUAUGCAGCCGCGUGGGGCGGCGUCGGUGAUGGGCGCGCUGCCGCGGGUGGCGCUCGACAACGACGACAGGCAGAGCGGGAGGAGCGGACACGCAUCGCUGACGGUGGCUGCGGUGGUGACGGUGCCCCUGGCGGCAACGAUGGUGGUCGACGCGCUUUCGCUGGCGGGCCUGCAGAUCUUCGACCGCGAAGCGCAUCCGUCGUUGACGGGCGUCGGCUCGUCUAAGGAAGGGCUCUCACUGUUUGGCGUCAUGGACUUCACCAAGUCUGGCCCCGGACGGCGCGAGCUCAAGUCCUGGUUCCUCAGCCCAACGAUGGACGUGGUCAAGCUCCGCAACCGGCUCAACGCUGUGGCGCUGCUGCGGAUGCCGGCGCACGGCGAUGUGCUGUCGGAGAUGCGCAAGGCGCUAGCGCACAUCCGCGACGUGCCGCGGCUGCUUGCGCAGCUCGAAGGGGUGGGCAUGGUGCGGGUCUCGGAGUGGCGCGACCUGCUGGCGUCGGCACUGUACGGGGUGCGGCUGGUGCAACUGGUGACGCCGCUGGCGAGCUUUGACGGGACGACGUUUUUCUCUGAAGCCGCGGCAGCGGUCGACGCGGGCGCGCUGGCGGACGCGGCCGAGCUCAUCCGGUCGGUCGUCGACUUUGACGGCUCGCUGGACGCAGGCGGGGCCGAGGGUAACGGGCGGGUGGUUGUCCAUUGUGGCGUCAACUCGGAGCUUGACGCCAUCCGGUCGCAGUACAACGGGCUGCCCGAGUUUCUAACGCGGGUGGCGCAGCAGGAGAUGGAGAACGUGCCCGAGGCGCUGGUCUCGUCACUCACCAUCACUUACGUGCCGCAGCUCGGGUACAUGGUCCUGUUUCCGAUCGAGGCUGAGGGCGGGCUGCGGAGUGGCAUGCACAUCCCGCUUCCCGGCUACGAGUUCCUCUUUGCCACGCAGAGCCACCGGUACUACAAGAACGAAACGACUCGGACGCUCGAUGCCGAGGUCGGCGACGUGUACUCGAAAAUGCUGGACCUGGAGCGGAUGGUGUUCCGGCUGCUGGCGGCCAAGCUGACAGCGGGGGGCAGCGCGAUGGCAGCGGCGCUGGGCGCGCUGUCGGCGCAUGCGGCGUCGCUCGACUGCGUGGCAUCGCUGGCGGUGGCAGCUGGCGAGUUUUCGUUGACGCGGCCAGUGGUGACGCGCGACAAUGUGCUGGAGGUCUCUGGUGGGCGCCACAUCCUGCAAGAGCUGUGCGUGCCGACAUUUGUGGCUAACGAUGUAGCGCUUGGCGGGGCGGCGCCGCGAGUCGGCGUUGUCACUGGCGCAAACUACUCGGGCAAGUCGGUGUUCAUCAAGCAGGCUGGGCUCAUAGUUUACCUUGCGCACAUUGGGUCGUUUGUGCCCGCGACGGCGGCGGUGGUGGGGGUGACGGAUCGGAUCUUUACGCGGCUCAUUUCGCGCGAGACGGUGACGCUGGCGCAGUCUGCGUUCAUGAUCGACCUGCAACAGUUGUCGGUGAUGGUGGCGCAGGCGACUUCGCGGUCGCUGCUGCUGCUAGACGAGUUUGGCAAGGGGACCGAGGCGCUCGACGGAGCGGCGCUGGUCGGGGCGUUUGUGGGCUACGUGGCCGGCGGCGGGUGCGGGAGUCCUCCGCCGCGGACCCUGCUCUCGACCCACUUUCACGAGCUGUUUGCCGGCGACGGGGCGCUUCUACCUGCGCCGUCGACCGUCUCGUACCUGCACAUGGGAGUGGUGACGAGCGAGACCGGAGAUGACGGCACCGAGCUCGUCUUUCUUUACCAGGUCAAGCCUGGGCGGGCUGACGCGUCGUUGGCGCGGGCGUGCGCGGCGCGGGCCGGGAUGCCGGACGAGGUGCUGGUACGGGCGGCCGAGUGGACGGCGGCGCUGGAGCGCGGCGAGCUGGAGGAGAAGCUUGCGGCCGACGAGAUUCACGCGCAAACGUGGGCAUCGCUUGCCGAGCUGCAUACAGCGGUCGAGCGGGUCGGCGACGGCGAGCUGAGCGAGACCGAGCUGGGCGAGCUGUACCAGCUGGUGGUCGAGCGGCUCGCGUGA